CUAAUAACUUAUUACAAUUUGAACAAUUGCUUUUAAGAAUAAUUGUUUCUAAUACACUGCCUUUUACAUUUAUUGAGAAUGAAAACACAAUCACUGUAUUUGAAUUUUUAGUGCUAGAACUUAAAUUGCCUAA